UGGCAAAUCAUUGGUGACUGUAGUCGAAAUGCGUCUUAUUUUGGUUGUCGUUGUCGCAUUGGUUGUUUCUGCUUCUGCCUUCGUGGAAGUGUUUGGUCCUCGGGGGUACCAUGAGGAGAUUGGGAUCCCUCUGGCUACGGCCUUGAAGGAGGCUGAGGAGCAGAUGAUAGCGAGCAUGGCGCGGCAAAACUUCGACAACAGGGUCGUAGGCGGAGUCAUCGCGCCCGCUAACUCCCACCCCUAUUUGGGUGGCUUGCUGAUCAACUUCGUCAACAUCGCCGGUACAUCAGUAUGUGGCUCCUCCCUGCUGUCCCCCACCCGGCUGGUGACCGCCGCCCACUGCUGGUUCGACGGGAGCAACCAGGCCAGCAUGUUUACCGUCGUCCUGGGCACCCAGAUGCUGUGGGCGGGAGGCCAGCGCAUCACGACUUCCAACGUCAUCAUGCACCCUCAGUGGAACCCGUGGAACUUGUCUAAUGAUGUUGCCAUGAUCUAUCUGCCCUUCGGAGUCACGUUCACAACGACCAUCCAGCCAAUCGCAUUGCCGAACAACUGGGAGCUGUCCCAGACCUUUGUCGGGGAGUGGGCGGUGGCCGCAGGAUACGGCAAGACCAGUGACAGUCAGGUGGGCGCAUCCGCGGUGGUCAGCCACGUCAGCCUGCAGGUGAUCACGGUGCAGGCGUGCCGUAACGUUUUCGGAUCCACCUUCGUCUUCGAUAGCACCCUCUGCACCAGCGGCGCUGGUUUCGUCGGCGUCUGUGGUGGAGACUCCGGUGGACCUCUGUUCGUGGAGAGGAGCGGGCAGAAACUUUUGAUCGGCAUCAGCUCGUUCGUAGCUGCCAACAACUGCCAGGGCGGUCACCCAUCCGCUUUCGCGCGCGUCACCAGCUUCAUCAACUUCAUACGUCAGCACAUGUAGUAAUAGAACAAGAGAAGUUAAAAGAUAUCCCAAAACCACCUCUAUGUUUUGUAGACAUCUGACAAAAUAUCCACCUGUAUUGAAAAUUGUAAAUAUAAGUUAGGCCAAUAAUAAAUUAUACGUUUUUGUUUUGAAA